GCCGCUGUAGCAGCGGGGGGAGAGUGGCUCUGCUAUCGAUUGAGGCUGCCUGGAGGGGGCGGCGGCGGCGGCCGCGCUACCGUUAUUGCUGUUGGCGCACUAACUCUCACCCACCUGCCGUCGUCAUGUGGAGAGCGGUCGCCGUCGCCUCGGCCCCGGUGCGGGCCCUGUGUCGCGCCCCGCCGCCGCCCCCGCCGCCGCGGCGGCGGGCUGUAAGCGUGGCCGUGUCCCCCGCCGCCGGCCUGGCGGACGAGCGGGUGGAGACGCGGGUAGCGGGACUGGGCCCGGGGCAGGCGGUGACCCUCCGGGCGGUGGCGGCCGACGAGCGCGGCUGCCUCUUCCAGUCGUGCGCGCACUACCGUGCGGACAACCGCGGCGAGCUGCACCUGGGCACGGACGCCUCGCACGGCGGGGACUACACCGGCGUGGAGCCCAUGGGGCUCUUCUGGAGCCUCGCCCCCGCCGGCAUGGAGAGGCCGUACCAGCGGCUCGUUCCCCGCAGCACCGGCACCCCGAUGAAGGUGGAGAUGUUGGUCCACCAGGGCCACAGCCUGCCCGGCGCCAUCCCCGGGCCAGUGGUGGCCAAGGCCGAGGUGGAGAGAUGGUUCACGGCCCCCGGCGUGCGGAGAAUCCGGCUGAAGGAGGGAGGCGUAAGGGGCUCCCUCUUCCUGCCGCCGGGGGAUGGCCCCUUUCCAGGAGUGAUUGACAUGUUCGGUGAUGAAGGAGGUUUGAUUGAAUUUAGAUCCAGUCUCCUGGCUACCCGUGGUUUUGCUGCUCUUUCUCUGCCAUAUUUUGACUUUGAAGAUCUGCCUAAGGUCAUGAAAGAAUUCAAACUUGAGUACUUUGAGGAGGCAGCUAGAUUCCUACAGCGUCACCCAAAGGUGAAGGGACCAGGAGUUGGAGUGAUUGGGACUGGGAAAGGGGCAGAAUUAGCGCUCUCCAUGAUCACCUUCCUGCCAGAAGUAGUGGCUGCUGUCUGCAUCUCUGGCUGUAGUUCAAACACAGUUGCAGACCUCCAUUAUGGUGAGAUGACUCUGCCUGGGCUGCGUUUUGAUAUGAAUAAGGUCAGUGUUUCCGACGCUGGUGUAUUUGACACCUUUGAAGCUCUGGAUGACCCAACGAAUCCUGCUAAUUCUCCUUGCACAAUCCCCAUUGAAAAAGCAGAAGGUCACUUUCUCCUAGUGGUAGGGGAAGAUGAUCGUAUGUGGAAGAGCCCCUUAUAUGCUGAGCUGGCAAUCGGGCGUUUACGCCAGCAUGGGAAAGAAAACUUUGAACUCUUGAGUUAUCCAGGAGCAGGUCACCGAAUCGAUCCUCCUUCUACUCCAUUUUGUCAGGUAGCUAUGGAUCGUGUUCUGGGGGUGCCUGUUCUGGGGGGUGGAGAGAGCAAAGCACAUGCCCAUGCACAGGAACAUUCCUGGGGAAAGAUUCAGGAGUUUCUGCACUUGCAUUUGGGAUGAACACUUAAGCACUUGCAAGUUGCUGCAGAACUGCAGAGGACUGAGCUUGAGCCACCAAAAUGACUGGCAAAUUGGAGGGACUGACUGAGAAAAGCUUUGAAAUAACCAAAUGACUGUUUAGCUACAAGUAUAAACCCAAAAAGAAAGGGAUUUAUUUGGACUAAGUUAUUUUGACUAGGUACACAGAGGAGAAGUGAAACAGUGAUAAGUAGGCUGCAUUGUAGUACAAAUUUGACAGCUUAAAUUGGUCAUACUAUCAAGAAACAAGUAUCUGAAGAGAGCAGUAGGUACUUUCUUGCUUGCAGUAUGUAUGACUCAAAGAAUUUAACGGCCUGCACCCUCAGCAAUGACAGGCUGGAUCACGCCUGGGGAGCGAUGGCAACCCAUGGAUGAUAAACUUUUGACAUCAAAAUGAUGAAUGAUUCUGGCUUAGGGUCUUAACUUACCUUAGCCCAGAACUCUCAGAUUUACAGCUGUAUACACUUUGGAAAUGUGUUCUAUUUACAUGAACCUGGAGAUACCUAUUUGUAGUGAGGCUUAUAUACUUUGACCUUAGGUAGUGGUCUUCUGGUCACACAGUGUGUUUCUUUCUAACAAAAACUACCUGUAAAGUGGGAAAACGAAGAGUACUUUUCCUGUUACCCCAGGGGAAUGGCAGCACUAGCACUGUCUUGUAUUAGGGAAGCAACCAUCUGUUCCCAGAAUUUCUUGAAUUGGCAUUUGACACUCAGGGUAUUAAAAUUCUGUUGGAUAGGUUAAAGUAUGGUUAAAUGCAAGUCUUACUUCUCUCUUCAUUGCUUGUUUUAAACUAAGACCUGUCAUUAGGGAUUAAUUACUUAUGGAACUCUUCAGUAAUGAUGUCAACAGAUGCUGACAGCUGUUUGUGGGGAGAAAGCAGAGUUGAGAGACAGAAAACCUAGCCAGGAGAAGAUUAAGACUGCCUGUAAAAAGCUGUCACCUUACAGCCAUGAUUAACUUUAGAAUCAUAAUACCUAAAAAAUCCCAAACCCAAACCAACCAAAAAAAAAAAAACCAACAAACAAACCAACAACCCCUCUACCCCCCCAAAAAACCCCAACCCCAAAUCUAGGAUAUCUUUUCCGUGAGUGCCUGAGAUUGGAUUGUUUGGGGGUUUUUUAAUCCUAAUUAAUUUUUGACUAGUGCCUUAUUUUUCACCACCAUUCUGGUGGGAGGAAACAACUUCUUCCCAAAUGAGUUGAUCUCUCAAGAGGAUCUUGUUGGAAUGGUGCCAGCGCUGAAGGCCUCGUUAACAAGGGCCUCCAUCAUUACAAUUUCUCCUUCCAAGGUCACUUUGUCAGACCAGUUUGAGAGUUGCCCAGGAAGAUACAAAACCUUCAUUUGUGGUACUCAGUUUUGUUUUGUUCUCAGGGAUCUUUUCUCUCCAGUUAACUGUCAUUAUGCUGCUGCUCAGGUCUCACUAGCUUUCUGCAGCUCUUAUUACUCUAUAUUAUUUGAUUGAAGUCACAUGUUCUCCACACACCAUCAGUGCCAAUUGAACACUUUAUCCAUCCACUCCUUACCAGAGAAGCUCCAUCCUGCUCACUCCGCACACAAUGUCUUCAUGCCUAGUCCCUCUUAGCUCUGCCUGGCUGAAGAUGCCUUUGCAGAGUCGCAUCUGGUGCUUGAACCUCCACUAAAACCGGCAGCCCCGGAAUCCAGGACCACAGCCUGCUGUGACAUGCAUAUUGGUGUCACCCAUGCUUAGUACCCUGCCUUUUUGCCCAACUCACUCCAAGUUGUAACCAUCAAGGAAAGGGUUGUCUGAAGGUCUCGGUUCAGUAUACCUUGUCACGUGCAUCUUCAGUGGUCGGAGCUGUGUCAUUGUGAUAGAGCAGCGUCUCCCCUCACCCUGUUUUGUUACCCUCCCAGUACGGGUACCUGUGUCUCUACGCUGCAGUCCUACCUCAGUGUAUCCGUUGCCAUGCAAGAUUGCAAGCUGGAGGUUCAGGAAGUAAAUGUUGUAAAUAAACCAAAACCCAGGUAGCUUAAAAGUCCUUAGACUUCAUUUCUAAAGCACAAGCCUUUAAAUUAAUUAUGUUAGAUGUUGUCAGAUAUAUGCAAUUUGAAAGAGAAGCAAAAGGCUUCCUUUAUUAAAAAGCAAGCCUCUGUAAGAACUUGGUAUUAUUUUGUUUCGUUUGGAAAGCUGAAUUGUGUUCUUUAAACAAAGAAAUGAGGAAAAAUAAAGAGAGUAUCAUUUUACUGUUAAGAUCCUUUUGUGAACAGGGUAUUCCUGACAAUUCACAGAAGGGUCUGUAGAAAAUCAGCCAACUUUUGCACGAAUAUUUUGUAUAUUUACAGUGCUACUUGGAGACCAAAGAUACAUUGCAGACACUCAGCAAAUAAUAUAGGUCUUUCCUGAAUAUUCAUUAAACUGAGUGCCUGAUUACGGCCUUAAUUAAAGCCACGUUAUUUAUAUUGUUCCGCAUUCCUUACCUGCCAACACUCCGGUGGCGUUAAUCAUUGAGCCUGUUGCUUGGGUGGCCGCAUUAGCUUCACUAGCUAAAUCCGCGGGGCUGAGGCAGAGCUCACCCUGGGGUGCCAGAGCACCCCGAGGCCGGCCAAGCCCGAGCAGCUCCAGCAGCACCGGGAUGGGCUUUGAGUGGGGUGAGGAGCAGCAGCAGGCGGCGGACUCCGCGUUACCAGAGGUACCUUACCGGGUCGAACUGCCGGUGAACCGUGUGAGCGUUUGGUGCCGGCGCUGUUUGUCAUUGGCAAAUUGUUUUAAAUUUUUUUUCUCCACGGAUCGGUUUCAAUAAAAGGUGUCUGAUCAC